AUGCAGGUGUUGCCUGUCACGACUGCACUCACUAUCCUUGCUAUCUUGCUUGUCGCCAUCCGUUUGUGGACGCGGAUUAGACUGAUCAAGAGCCCUGGAUAUGAUGAUUUGCUUGUUACGCUUGCAUUGGUAUGUCUCCCAUUGAUCAUGACAAGCUCUGGAAUGGAGACUGAAGGUGCACUCAUUCAUGGCAAGUGCGUUGCUAACCCCUCUCCAAGGCGACUUCUAUCACCUUCUAUGCAUUCAUUCUCGCCGGUAGAACGCGAAAAUGGCCUUGGCAUCUCUAAGCACGACCUGUCAUGGGAGAUGAGAAGAACGCAGAUGCGGAUGCUCUGGCUCUCCAUACCAUUCUACAACCUCUCCUUGACCCUUUCCAAGCUAUCCGCUCUCAUCCUCUACGGCCGCAUAUUCCAUCACCGAGGCUUCCGAAUCGCAAAAUACGCCCUAAUGACGUUCAUAAUCAUCUCCGGUCUCUGGAUGGUCAUAAGCGGCUUCGUAUUCUGCGUCCCAAUCCAUACAUUCUGGUCCGGUCACAUCCUAGCCGCUGAAGCCCACUGUCUCCCAGUCGGACCAGUUUGGUAUGCCAAUGCAGCAAUGCAAAUCUUCAGCGACGUCGCAAUCCUAAUCCUCCCCAUGCCUCUCCUUUGGAAACUCCACCUCCCCCUCCGCCAACGCGCAGGCAUAAUGAUCGUAUUCGGCGUCGGCAUCCUGGUCAUUGCAACUAGCUCCGCCCGUCUCUACGAGCUAUGGAAGAUGGUAAACGGCGGCGAUUUCACUAAAACAAAUGAAAACGCAGCUGUCUGGUCUUCUCUCGAAGCGAACGUGUCUAUCAUCUGCGCUUGUCUUCCUCCCCUACAUCCAUUCAUCUCGAGGAUAUUCUCACUCUGUUUCCUGCCUCAACCACUACAUUCCUCACCAGUUUCAAAAGAAACCAAAAAUGAAACACAACUCACUUCGGCGCACCGCAGCUUUCGAAAGGAAUCCUUCUACGACCCGGGAAUCGGUCCAGAUGGCGGAACCUUCUACAACGACUUCUUUUACUCGGGUCCAGGCGCGUACUCGGCCAGUAUCGCCAAGACAAAUGACACUGAGAGAACGAACUCGAAAGAGAGAGAUCCGGGAAGUGACCCGGAUGCGAUUCGGGUGGUGCGAGAAUUGAGGGUUGGAUCCGAUUGUAUGGCACCUAGUCCGACGCUUGUAUCGGAUCAGACACAGGAUCGGGAUUUUGAGGCGGAGAGGAGCAAUGGGAGUGGGGGGGGGGACGACGACGGCAAUAUCUCCAAGGGCCCCUAA